CUCUUUUCGUAUUGAACAUAAAAUCGCAUGCGAAGAAAUGCACAAGAAACAAGAAUCAAGAAUGAGUAUAUUCCUUGAAUGAUUAUUGAUCUAAGGCUAGUUUUCAUUUGGGGGUCGGACAUCUUUAGGACCCAUUUGUGUAUAAUGAGCUGGAUCUGACAAAUUUGCACAUACAAUAUGCCAAAUCCUAUUCAAGAACAACAAGUGUGAUAAAAAAAAACAUUUUUUUUUGAGAUUUGCUGACCCAAUAAGGAAAAACUGAUGAUUUUCAGAUUUCCACGAAGAAAAGAAGAAGAAGAAGAAGGAGAAGGAAAAAAGAAAGAUAAGUUUCAAUCAUGGUUUUCUCUAAAGAUAAUAUGACAGGUAUCAUUUUGGCUCUUCUUUCAAGUGUGUUCAUAGGGGCAAGUUUUAUUAUCAAGAAGAAAGGCCUUAGAAGAGCUGCCGUAGUCUCUGGUGUUAGAGCUGGUUUUGGUGGGUAUUCAUAUCUAAUGGAGCCCCUAUGGUGGAUUGGAAUGAUCACAAUGAUAGUCGGAGAGAUUGCGAAUUUUGUGGCAUAUGCUUUUGCUCCGGCGGUUCUUGUCACUCCUCUAGGUGCAUUGAGUAUAAUUGUCAGUGCUGUAUUGGCUCAGAUUAUUUUGAAGGAAAAGUUGCAUCCGCUUGGAAUUUUGGGUUGUGUGCUGUGCAUUGCUGGUUCUAUUGUGAUAGUUGUCCAUGCACCACAGGAGCAUCCUAUCUCUUCUGUCAAAGAAAUAUGGUACAUGGCAACUCAGAAAGCAUUUUUGCUCUACAUGGGAUCGGUGAUUGUCUUGGUUUUUAUUCUUGUAUUCUACUUUGCUCCUCAAUGUGGACACUCAAAUGUCCUUGUUUUCACUGGAAUCUGCUCAUUGAUGGGUUCUCUCUCGGUUAUGAGUGUUAAAGCCCUUGGUACUUCACUGAAGUUAACUGUUGAGGGAAAGAACCAGCUGAUCUAUCCGGAAACCUGGAUUUUUAUGUUUGUUGUGGCAGUUUGUGUCGUUACACAAAUGAACUAUCUCAAUAAGGCCCUUGAUACCUUCAAUACUGCUGUUGUCUCUCCUAUAUACUAUGUUAUGUUCACAACACUAACAAUCGUUGCCAGUGUCAUCAUGUUUAAGGACUGGGAUGGCCAGAGCACUGGGAGCAUUAUAUCAGAAAUAUGUGGUUUCAUCGUUGUGCUCUCUGGAACCAUCUUGUUGCACGUUACCAAAGAUGUGGAAAGAAGUUCAUCUUUCAGAGGUAAUUACACACCUUCAUCCCCUACGUUAUCAACACGACUAUGUAAUUCAAAUGGGGAAUCACAUAAGCAUGAAGAAGAAGAUGAAUCGUACUCUGAGGAAGCCGAUUCUAGAAGACAGGAUCUCCAGGUUUAAUAUGAUUGCUUUAGACAAGACCAAGACUUCUUUCAUAUUAUGAUAGGCCAUGAGGAACCGUGAUUUGCGGUUAGAAAGGUGAAGCAUGCAACUGAUAAUCCAUCUGAAACCUCCGAAGGUGCUAAAACGCCUCAGUUUCGUUUUCUAUUGCAUCUGAUUGCAGCAGCAAGGUAAGGAUUCCACAGGAUCUUAAAGCAAGAGUUAGUGGAAAAUCAUCAAAAGUUGUCGCGGCCUGAAACUAUACUGUUUGUCUAUAGUUAUAGGAGUUCCAAAUAUUGGUUUAUUGUACAUCAUUAAGCAUCAGAAUCUAGAGUUAGGGGGAUUGAGAAAGGUCUAUAGAAGCAGAGUUGAAUGAUGAGAGCUUGCAUAGGAGUUCUCUGUGCAAAACAAGUCAUUUUGUGGUAGUUUUUGCACUGAUUACGAGUGAUAUAGUUCAUUUUAGUUUUUUAUUCUUUUUUAUGACCGUGGUGUCCAGGCUAGUUUUCUUCUUUUCUGUGUCCCUAUUUUUACUGGAAGUGUUUUGUUUGUAUAGCAAUUUUUUUGAUGUAUUAGGUAGAGUCUUUGUUUAUGUUUUCAUUCUUUGGUGAACUUGAGAUCACAAGAUGUUUAAUUGACUCCAAUAACACUACAUUUUUUUUUAUCUCAAGUGAUUUUUCACUUA